UGACGGUGGUGCCGGUGCCCGCCAUGGCCGCCCGGCAGCUGCUGGGCCUGCGCCGCCUGCCCGGGGCCGCGGCCUCCUUCUCGACAGCACCCAAGAAGACGCAGUUCGGGUCGCUGAAGGAUGAGGACCGCAUCUUCACCAACCUCUAUGGGCGGCACGACUGGAGACUGCAGGGCGCGCUGCGCCGCGGGGACUGGUACAAGACCAAGGAGAUCCUGCUCAAGGGCGUCGAUUGGAUCCUCGCCGAGAUCAAGGCCUCGGGGCUGCGCGGCCGCGGCGGCGCCGGCUUCCCCACGGGCCUCAAGUGGAGCUUCAUGAACAAACCCCCCGAUGGGAGACCCAAGUACCUGGUGGUGAACGCGGACGAGGGGGAGCCCGGCACGUGCAAGGACCGGGAGAUCAUGCGCCACGACCCGCACAAGCUGCUGGAGGGCUGCCUGGUGGCCGGGCGGGCCAUGGGCGCCCGCGCUGCCUACAUCUACAUCCGCGGCGAGUUCUACAACGAGGCCUCCAACCUGCAGGUGGCCCUGAGGGAGGCCUAUGAAGCCGGGCUGCUGGGGGGGGACGCCUGUGGGUCCGGGUACGCCUUUGAUGUCUUCGUGGUGAGGGGCGCUGGAGCCUACAUCUGCGGGGAGGAGACGGCGCUGAUCGAGUCCAUUGAGGGCAAGCAGGGCAAGCCCCGGCUGAAACCACCCUUCCCUGCUGAUGUGGGUGUCUUCGGCUGCCCCACCACGGUGGCCAACGUGGAGACGGUGGCCGUGUCCCCCACCAUCUGCCGCCGCGGCGGGGCCUGGUUCGCCAGCUUCGGCCGGGAGCGCAACUCGGGGACGAAGCUCUUCAACAUCUCCGGCCACGUCAACAGCCCCUGCACGGUGGAGGAGGAGAUGUCGGUGCCGCUGAAGGAGCUCAUUGAGAAGCACGCGGGGGGGGUCCGGGGGGGCUGGGACAACCUCCUGGCCGUCAUCCCGGGGGGCUCGUCCACGCCGCUGCUCCCCAAGUCCGUGUGCGAGACGGUGCUCAUGGACUUCGACGCCCUGGUGCAGGCGCAGAGCGGGCUGGGCACGGCCGCUGUCAUCGUCAUGGAUAAAUCAACCGACGUCGUCAAAGCCAUCGCUCGCCUCAUCGAGUUCUACAAGCACGAGAGCUGCGGGCAGUGCACGCCGUGCCGGGAGGGUGAGCCGUGGGGCAGGGGGCGAGGGGCACGGAGCCGUGGGGCAGGGUGUGGGUCACACCCACCCCCCCAACUCAACCCUCACGCCCUCCCCAUCCCCGCAGGUGUGGACUGGAUGAACAAGGUGAUGGCUCGCUUCGUGCAGGGCAACGCGCAGGCGGCCGAGAUCGACGCGCUCUGGGAGAUCAGCAAACAGAUCGAGGGCCACACCAUCUGCGCCCUGGGCGACGGCGCCGCCUGGCCGGUGCAGGGCCUCAUCCGCCACUUCCGACCCGAGCUGGAGGAGAGGAUGCGGCGCUAUGGGGAGGCCAAAGCCCGAGCGGCAUCAGCGUAAGGCUGGGGGGGGGGGUGUUCUGCUGCUCCCUGCCUGGGU